UCAUGAGGACGGGAGCCUAGGAAGACAUCUCCUGAAACAGAAAGAAGAUAGAAAACAACGAAGACAGGUGCAGCUAGAAAGAGGCGAUAUGAAGAUACAACUGUGGAUUGUCGUAUAUACACUGAUGCAUAUCAAGAAAGGAGAUUGCGAGUGUAUUGACAAACUGAUUAACGGAACGAAUGACGAUUCCCUUACAGCGUCUUCUUUUUACGGUGGCGGCUGCUCACCCCGAUUUGUCAGGAUCAACACUAAUGACAUAAACAAGGCUUGGUGUCCUGCCACGAAAUCAAAGUCAGAAUACCUGCAGGUUGAAUUCCAACACAAGUCUGCUGUGACGGCCCUCGUGUUCCACGGCAGGAUAAAUCAAUAUUUAACAUCCCUCACAAUGAAAACAAGUCAGGACGGAAUCAGUUGGAGUGACGUCACCGACAAUCUAGGAAAUAAAAAGAUUUACCAAGCAGCCAAUGACUGGACGACACUAGUGACUCGUGUUGUGAACGAAAACAUCCUGGCCAAAUUUAUUCGCAUCCAUCCGGAAUCGUGGUUCAGCUAUCCUUCCUUUCAACUUGAGAUUCUUGGAUGUCCAAAAUUUUUUGGUAGAGCGUGUUGGAUUAGGAAACUUGGUAUUCCGGACAAAGUGCUUCCUGUGAUACACCAAACAACGGCUCCUAACAACAUACAGUGUGGGAAAGUGUGUUACAAGUACCAGUCCUGUGGAAGUUUCAUGUUCGAUACCGAUACUACAGAAUGCCACCUAUACAGUAUCGAAACAUUCAACAUGACAGCACAUGUGUCGACGCUGAGCCGAAAAGUAUAUUUUGUGAGAGAAUUUGACUGCAUUCCUUGACUUGACUUGUGGAGUUUUGAUUACUGUGUAACAUUGAUAGUGAUAUUCAAUGGGGUUACGGAUCCAGCACUGUUUGUUCAUGUGUGUAACGUAUACAUGCUUGUGUGCAUCUGUACUGGAGGCAUGGUAUGUUGAUUAAUGUGCCUCCUUGCGAUAGGGCGCUUACAUGCCAACUUUAGAGUGCUACUUUAUUAGAAAUAAGCUGUAAAAAUGUCAGCAUGAGAUUAGGUAACUGCGAAAACUAAU